UUGCGACGCGGAAUUUAGAUCGGUUGUCUAGCUAAAAGAUCUUUAAAUUCAAUUGUGGUUGUAAUCAUUAUCGAGCAGUCUUAUGGUUAAAGUGUCUUAGUAUGGCUAUUAGUCUUUCAUUGAUUACAGUUGGAGGCGGUAGAGCGAAAGCAAAUGCAGUGGAUAGUAGCAUUUGUCAUUUUGUUGCAUAUUUGCAAUCACGCUAUCGACGCCGACAUUCAACCGAUAGUGUUGGUGCAUGGCGGAGCAGGAACGAUAAGUGAGGAUAGAAUUCCUGGUAAAUAUCGAGGAUCGAAGCUGGCGGCGCGUGUUGGCUAUCAAGUUCUGAUGAAUAAUGGGUCAGUGUUGGAUGCCGUCGAGGAGGCUGUCCGAAUCAUGGAGAGUGACAGCAAUUUUAAUGCUGGCUUCGGAUCAGUACUGAACUAUGAGGGGGUUGUCGAAAUGGAUGCAAGUAUAAUGGAUGGCAGCACGUUGAAAGCCGGUUGUGUUGCCGGGGUUCAAGAUAUUUUGCACCCUAUUUCACUGGCUCGGCGUGUCAUGGAAAAGUCUAGACACAAUUUUUUGGUUGGACAAGGAAUGGUGAAAUUCGCACUGUCAGAGGGAAUAGAAAUCCUUUCUCCUUCGGGUCAGCUGGUAACACAACGAGCGAAAGAUGCUUUGGAGGAGUGGUUGAAAAAUAAUGGACAGUUUAGCAUCGGCGAGGGCGGCACUGUUGGAGCGGUAGCAAUAGAUAAGAAAGGCAAUAUUGCAGCGGCAACUUCUACUGGAGGAAUCACUGGGAAACAUCCAGGUCGGGUGGGAGACACUCCAAUAAUUGGAUCAGGAACUUACGCAGAUAAUCGUGUAGCUGGCAUUUCUGUUACUGGAGAUGGGGAUACCAUCAUGAAAGUGGUUCUUGCAUUAGAUAUCAUCAAGCGUAUGGAGUAUCUAGGCAAUGGCAUUAAUAAAGCCGCUGAAGACGCACUCGACGCGAUGUCAGCAGGAUUGAAGGGAACUGCGGGUAUCGUUGCUCUGGACAAGGAGGGUAACAUCGGCAUUGUAUUCAAUUCAGAACACAUGUCUUGGGCUUAUCAACGUGAUAAUAUUGUUGCAUAUGGCGUCAGAAAGGGGGAACAUAUUGAAGAGGUGCUGUCUGCUGAACAAAUGUUGAGUGAAAUCGCGGAUGACUUGUACUAGUUGUCUUAUGCAAAUUCUAGUAACAGAUAGUAACAAUGAAGUUCAAAGAA